UAGAACGAUAGUUCAGUUCAAAUUGGCAUUUUUAACGGAACGUUCGCAGCGUCCGCACCAAACACAAGAUAAAUAAUUGGUUCUUUUACACCGUAUAUUGCAUUUUAUUUGCUUGCGUUUAAUUCAUAGUAGUUAACUAAAAUGAAUAAGACAAAUAUUGCGAGCAGACUAAGACCUCCUAUGAUAAGAAGUGCAACAAGUACUGCCAAAAAACUACCAGUGCUCAAAGAGAACUCGACAAACAUUACAAUACCUACCGUAACGUUCAACAAACCAGGACCAGGAGCAGCUUCUUCCUCUAGCACAAGCAAUGUGCUUGCAUCAUCUCAUGCCAUACGAAGAGGCCGACGUUCAAAAUCGUUUGGUGUAUCAACUGCCAAAGCUUCUAUGCACAACAAAAUAAAAUCCAGUGCUUUGACUUCAACUCUAGCAAAGAAACCGCUUGCAGGACGCGUUGCUGCAACAAAUGUGACAUCACGUUUGAAUACUGGAUUAACUCGAACAGCGACUCUGGCAGCGGCGUCAAAGACUGCUGUAAAACGGCCUGCAGCAGCAACAGCAGAGACAACUAAGGCUGUGCCAUCAGCACCCAAACUCUCAAAGUUUGAUUUCAAAGGAAGGCUUGCUGCCUUGGAGGAUAAGCAUAAAGUGCUUGUCACUACACACAAAGAAGCAAAGAGUAGACUUGAAAUUUUAGAAGAUGAAAAUGUUAGCUUUAAAACCAAAUGUGAGGAGCAGGAACAACUCCUUGAAGAAUUAAAGCAGUACAAAGUAAGUACUGGCGAAUUGAUCAACACUCUGAGGCAAACUGAGAGUAGAUUAGAAGUAUCACAAAAGCAUGGGCUUGAUUUACAAACAAAGUUAGACAAAUCAAUUAAAAACUUUGAGCAAUUACAAAAAAAUCACAAUGCAUUGAAUUCUGACCUUGAGCAAUUGAAAACUGAAAAAUUAUCAGUUGAAGAUGCCCUUCAAGAACUACAAUCAAUGCAUGACUUGCUUCAAACGAAAUUCAACAAGUUGCAAGCUGAACAAACUGAACUAAAAGUCGACUUUGCUUCCAUACAGGAUAAAUAUCAAGCGACCGAGCGUGAGAAUGAACAUCACAAGACUCAACUGAAAGAAGCACUUCAGUCAAUAGAAGACCUUAAACGAAAUCUGCGUGAACAUGAAGAACUCAGGCGACAAUUACACAACGACGUACAGGAUCUCAAAGGCAACAUACGCGUGUUUUGCCGUGUGCGGCCAAUUAAACCGGAUGAAGAAGACCGCAUGCCAUGCAAUAUGGAUUACAUUGAUGACGAUACUCUCGGACUGAGAAAAUCCCGUGAGUCUGUGAUGGGACGCGAUAAAGGCGAAAGCAAGUUGGAGUUUACAUUUGAUCGGGUGUUUGCUGCUGAGAGCUCACAAGCGGAAGUCUUCGAAGAUUUAUCACAGUUGGUGCAGAGUACUCUGGAUGGAUACAAUGUAUGCGUAUUUGCCUAUGGGCAAACAGGAUCAGGCAAAACAUAUACAAUGUUAGGUAGUGGAGAUAAUUUAGGAAUGAUUCCACGAUCCGUUGAUUUGCUGUUUACCAAAAUCGCUGAGUUAGAGCAACUCGGAUGGGUAUAUGAGGUGCAAGUUAGUUUCAUGGAGAUUUAUAAUGAAACAAUCAAAGAUUUACUCAAUCCCGAUUCGAAGAAAUCGCACGAAAUUAUGUACAAUGAAGGUAAAGGUUCGGUGGUGACGAAUUUAUGCACUGAGACUGUGUCCACCGCCAUGAUGGUCAAGAAGUUGAUGAUAAAAGCGAAUAAUAAUCGGGCGAUCGCCGCUACGAAUUUUAAUCUGCACAGUUCACGAUCGCACGCUGUGACGAAAAUCUCCGUACGUGGGUAUUUUGAACAUAACGUCUUCAAUGGUUCGCUCAAUUUGGUUGAUUUGGCUGGCUCGGAGUCGGCGAAAAACUCGGAGCGGAUGACUGAGACGAAAAACAUUAAUAAAUCACUAUCCGCUUUGGGUACAGUGAUGCUUGCGUUGCAUAACAAGGACAAACAUGUCCCUUACCGUAAUUCUAAGUUGACGUAUUUGUUACAAUCUUCGCUCGGGGGCAAUUCGAAAACGCUUAUGUUUGUGAAUAUUUCGCCGCUUGAAGAAUGUUACAAUGAAUCGGUGAACUCAUUGCGCUUUGCGUCGAAGGUAAAGGAGGUGAAGACGGGUUCGAAACGGAACCGCAAUGUUAAUAGGUCCUAGUUUAUAUUUUUAUUAUUUUGAUUUAUGAAUUUUAUAGAGGCUAUAAGAUUUGUACUGGCUCUUAAUUAUAUUGUAUCUGUAAUACUUUUGUAUCCACCUGGAUGUAUAUAUAUCAUAUGUAUUUUAUAUGCUGUUAGCUACGAUGAAUAAACAAACAACUUUUUGUACUUUUUUGUGAUUA